UCUUAAACAUCCUCGAUCAUUUACUUACUAAGCCACUCGUGUUUCUGUUCGGCUGCAUUCUUUAUGUUAGCAGUGAGGCUGCACUGAAUGAAAACCUGUAAGCCGAGGAGAGUCUUUGACAUCGAUGAAGUGAAGGAGGAGUCGUGGAGGCAGAGCCGUGCAGCCAGCGCUGGGCGUGCUCUGUAUCUGUGCACCUGAUACUGAAUGCAGCGAGGCAGGGAAGACAGGGAGCCCCAAGGCUUUUCUGCAACCUGUUCUUCGCUGCUCUAUCUGGAUUACCUGCCAUCCCACCAAGCUGCACACAUGCACAUCUCUUCUAUGUUAGCUCCUGUGAAGAAGAUCUUUUAGAAGAACAGUGUACCCUUUGGAAGGGUCGUAACGUAUACGAUGCUACCCCCUGUGCCACUCCAUUCCGGGGUCUCCCUGUGGCUUGUGUGCCUAAGUUGCUGGGGUUUUGUACCCCAAGUGACAGCCACCUUGUCGCCCAGUGGCUCCAGUCCUAACUUUCCCUUGGCUCCCAGGAACGAGGUGACCCCUGCAGAAACCAGGCUGUCAGUCUUCACUUUGGAUUACCCGCAUGUGCAGGUGCCCUUUGAGAUCACGCUAUGGAUCCUUUUGGCUUCCUUGGCCAAGAUCGGCUUUCAUCUGUACCGCAAACUGCACACAAUUGUGCCGGAGAGCUGCCUGCUGAUCCUUGUUGGAUUACUUCUUGGUGGGAUUAUAUUCGCAGUCAAUGAGAAGUCUCCACCAGCAAUGAAGACUGAUGUCUUUUUCUUGUAUCUCCUGCCACCAAUUGUACUAGAUGCUGGUUAUUUUUUACCUACGAGGGCCUUCUUUGACAAUGCGGGCACCAUUUUCAUGUAUGCUGUGGUGGGCACAUUGUGGAAUGCCAUUGGAAUUGGUAUAUGUUUGUUUGGCAUAUGUCAGAUUGAAGCAUUUGGUCUGUUGGACAUUAGUUUGCUGCAGUGCCUGUUAUUUGGGAGCCUCAUUUCAGCUGUGGACCCGGUAGCUGUCCUGGCUGUUUUUGAAAAUAUUCAUGUCAAUGAACAACUUUACAUUUUAGUUUUUGGAGAAUCAUUGUUAAAUGACGCAGUAACAGUGGUUCUUUAUAACUUGUUCAAAACUUUCUGCAAAAUGAAAACCAUCGAAACAAUUGAUGUCUUUUCUGGAAUCGCGAAUUUUUUUCUGGUUGGAAUAGGAGGAAUUAUAAUUGGACUAGUUUUUGGAUUUGUAGCAGCGUUCACCACCCGCUUUACCCGCAACAUCCGUGUUAUUGAGCCCCUUUUUGUAUUUCUGUACAGUUACUUGUCAUACUUGACAGCUGAAAUGUUUCAUCUCUCAGGUAUCAUGGCCAUAACUACAUGUGCCAUGUCUAUGAAUAAAUAUGUAGAAGAGAAUGUCUCCCAGAAAUCAUAUACUACAAUCAAAUAUUUUAUGAAGAUGCUUAGUAGUGUUAGUGAGACCUUGAUCUUUAUUUUCAUGGGUGUUUCUACAGUUGGGAACAACCAUGAGUGGAAUUGGGCUUUUGUUUGUUUCACGUUGUUUUUCUGCCUGGUUUGGCGAGCAAUGGGUGUAUUUAUCUUGACCCACAUAAUUAACUGGUUUCGUACAAUAACUUUGACAUUCAAAGAUCAGUUCAUAAUUGCCUACGGAGGACUUCGAGGAGCAAUCUGCUUCUCACUCGUAUUUCUGCUUCCCGAUUCAGUUUUCCCUAGGAAAAAACUCUUUAUCACUUCAGUGAUUGUGGUUAUCUUCUUCACAGUUUUUAUUCAAGGAAUAACUAUUCGUCCACUGGUGGAAUUUUUAAAUGUGAAAAAAGCAAACAAGAAGCAGCAGAUUAUAAGUGAAGAAAUUCAUAACAGGUUUUUGGACCAUGUAAAGGCUGGUAUUGAAGAUGUCUGCGGGCAUUGGGGACACAACUACUGCAGAGACAAAUUUAAAAAGUUUGACAAGUAUCUGCGAAAACUUUUGAUUCGGGAUAAUGAGCCAACAUCGAGUAUAGUGUCACUAUAUAAAAAGCUGGAGAUAAAACAAGCUAUUGAGAUGGCAGAGACAGGCAUGAGCAGAGAUCCAUCAUUAUCAUCACUGGUAACCUUUGAAAAACAGAAGGUGAAACGCCUUUCCCAUACUGAGGUGAACGAAAUGCGAGAUAUGUUAACAAAGAACCUAUACCAAAUACGCCAACGGACACUUUCCUAUAACAGGCACAACCUUGCAGCAGGGACUAAUGAGAAACAAGCCAAAGAAAUACUUAUUCGCCGUCGACACAGUAUGAGGGAGAGUCUGAAGAAACAUAACAGCCUUUUGUCAAGGACCAGGCCAGCGACAACUCACCAUGCGCGAUACUUGUCGCUUCCUGGUCAUACCAAGCUUUCUGACGCACCAAUUGAAAGAAAGACAACGUCUUUUACAGUUGGAGACACAGAUUCUGACCAGGGUGACUCUGCCCUAGAACUAAACUUUCAUCCCAGAGCAGCAACAAUCCUACAAGAAGAAAGAAAAAAGCGGAAGCCCUACACCAGUUUUGAGUGGAGAAAUGAGAGAGAAAUGCAUGAUAAUGACGAAGAAACACAUGCAUUAAACAAAACUCAAAUGCCUACUGGUUUUCGAGAACCUCUUUUGCCCAAGACAAGGUUUGAAACUUUAAGGGAGGACAAGGGACCAGACAUGGAAAACAUAGCACCAUUGCCACCGCCUCGAACCAGACGAGCCUCUGAAGCGGAGAAUCAGAAAAGAAAAUACAAAGAUACUAAACCACACCCAAGGCCACCCAAAUAUUAACAAUUGUGUUUUCUUCCAUAGAAGAUUAUUAAGUAGCAUAUAUUUAUUAUUAGGAAAUUGAAAAGAAUAAAUAUUAAAUAUGACAAUAUAUUGGAUAAA